ACAAAAUAUUCAAAACGACACUCCUAGAUGAUGUCUGAUCUUGAGAAGCUGCCAGCUGGUGUGACAGUGAAAUCAACGUCAAAUGAGGGCAUCACUCAGUCGCAGAUAUCCAUAGACUCCAGUGAUGAUGGCUCAAGAGGAGUUUUCAACAGAGUGAAGCAUUCCUUCAAAAGAAGACAAGUGGUACUGCCCGCAGAUGUUGAUCUGGACUCGUUGGAUGAACAGACCAGACGGAAUGUCAUACUGGCUCAUCAGCCUCUGAAGAUUGCUCUGAAAACAAGACAUCUACAGAUGAUUGCCAUAGGUGGUACACUGGGAACAGGGUUGUUCAUAGGAUUGGGCUACUCCCUGGCACAAGGUCCGGGUUCUUGUUUGAUUGGGUUCUCACUGGUUGGAUUGGGCAUUUACUGUGUGAUUCAGGCAGGUGCAGAGAUGCUAAUUGCUUAUCCCGUCAAUGGUUCAUUUGCGACCCACGUUACAAGAUUUGUCGACCCAGCAUUGGGCUUCACCAUCGCUUCAAACUAUGCCUUGGCGUGGCUGAUAUCCUUCCCUUCAGAGCUAAUUGGUGUAAGUAUGACGAUAUCGUACUGGAACACCUCAGUAGACCCUGCUGUGUGGAUUGCAAUCUCGUGGGUAUUCAUAGUUUCACUUAACCUAUUCGGUGUGCGUGCUUACGGAGAAUCGGAAUUCUGGCUAUCAAUCAUCAAAGUCAUAGCCAUCAUCAUCUUCAUAAUCAUUGGUAUUGUUCUAAUCUGCGGUGGUGGUCCAAAUUCUCAAGGCUACAUCGGUGCACGUUACUGGCAUGAUCCAGGCUCAUUUGUGCAUCCUGUGUUAAAAUCAAUAUGUUCAACGUUGAUCUCGGCAGGUUUCUCCUUUGGAGGCUCUGAGCUGGCCAUUCUGAGUGCUGAAGCAGAGGCAAAGUCCAUCUCUAGGGCUACAAAGCAAGUGUUUUGGAGAAUUUCCCUGUUCUACAUCACAACAAUUGUUGUUAUUUCAUGUCUUGUUCCAUAUAACGACCCACGGUUGCUAGGUGGUGAUACCUCUGAAGAUAUCACGGCAUCACCAUUUGUCAUUGCUCUGUCAAACACGGGCGCAAUGGGCAGUCGAAUCUCACAUUUCAUGAACGCUGUUAUCCUCGUUGCCGUUCUCUCUGUCUCAAACUCGUGUGUCUUUGCAUCCAGUCGUGUUAUUCAGGCGUUGGGAGCAUCAGGUCAAUUACCAGACAUCUUUGCCUACAUCGACAACGAAGGACGUCCUUUGGUUGGUAUCCUCGUCUCUGCAACAAUUGGGCUCUUGGGCUUCUUGGUUGACUCCUCCAAUCAAUCAACGGUGUUCACCUGGCUGUUCUCAUUGUGCUCUAUCUCCUCGUUCUUUACUUGGAGCUCCAUAUGCCUGGCACACAUCCGUUUCAGGCUAGCACUGAAGAAGCAAGGACGUUCCACCGAAGAGUUGGGCUAUAAGGCCACAUUGGGUAUCUACGGUUCAGUAUUAGGUGUCAUCGUGAUGGCGUUGAUUAUCAUUGGAGAGAUUUGGAUCUCCAUCUUCCCAAUUGGAUCUCCAGCCGAUGUGGAGACGUUUUUCCAGAACUGUUUAUCAAUUCCAUUGAUGAUUGUGGUAUUCUUAUCGUACAGAUUAUGGGCUGGUAAGUUCUUCUCGGGACUGUACACUCCCUUGGACAAGGUUGACCUGGACACUGGUAAGCGUUAUCAAGACGUUGAUCUGUUGAUCCAGCAAAGGGCUGAGGACAAGGCGAGACUUCGUUCAAAGCCGUUGUACUACAGACUAUACAGGUUCUUCUGC